ACAACAUAUUCUGUUAGGACACAGACCGGUACACUGAUAGUAAUGUGAUUGUCUCGAUCGGAUAAGAAAAUCACAUUUUAAUUGGGGAUGUAAUUAGACAGGUUUCAUUCUCUUCAUCUGCCCUGGAAUGGAACAACUGGAGAUAUCUGACUUUAAGGAUGAGUACAGAUGAACGAGGAGAAGAGACAAUGAGAUGGAGUCAUUUGACGAUUGAGAUAUAGGAGAGGAGACAAGGAGAUGACGCUGCUUUAAGAGAGGGUGCGAGCCCCUGAAUGGACCAUGGAUGAACCUCCUCACGAUGGGACAUGUGGAAGCUAUGCUGAGACACCAUUCAUUUUCUCAUUUGAAUAAGUAACAUAGACUACUUCAAGGAAGGGUGGAAAGAAUGAUUCGUUCCCAAAGUAGUCCCAAUGAACAAAACCGGAGGGACUCCACACUUUUGCGGACCAGCCAAGAACCUAGACCGAGUUUCACUUUCACAUCUCUGGAAGUGGAGCUUUUUUUCAAAGUAUAUUCCAUCCCUUGUUCUGGUGAAUCAGAGUGUCACUCUACAGUUCUGUAGGGCUGCGUGAACAGAUGACAAUGAUAUAUUAUUCCUCUGAUGAAAGAAUAUGAUAUGCUGUAGGCUUCAGCGGGGGUGGUUGAGGACCAGAACACGCAUCCAUCAAGGCGGGAGCGCGCAUUGUGAAGAGGCGGGGCAGCGGGAAUAUCUCUUUCCGGAUAUUUACCUCCACCUGCCCGCGCGACGCGCCCAGUUCCAAGGUUUUUAACAGCGGUAGUAUCAACGGACAUGACAAAGUUCCCAAAUCCAGGACUACUGAGGUUGUGGAGAGAUGGACUGAGGGUUGUGUCAGUGUGUGUGAGUGACGCGUAAUUCAGAGUGCAAAGACACAGAGACGUGACAGUCCCACGUCCCAUUGUGACAUAGCUACGCAGCUCUGAGACCAGUCUGCGGGGGGGACACACAGCCAUAACGGGUACCUCCCCAACAUUCGCAACCAACGCAGCUCUGAGACCAGUCUGCAGGGGGGAACACACAGCCAUAACGGGUACCUCCCCAACAUUCGCAACCAACGCAGCUCUGAGACCAGUCUGCAGGGGGGACACACAGCCAUAACGGGUACCUCCCCAACAUUCGCAACCAACGCAGCUCUGAGACCAGUCUGCAGGGGGAACACACAGCCAUAACGGGUACCUCCCCAACAUUCGCAACCAACGCAGCUCUGAGACCAGUCUGCAGGGGGGAACACACAGCCAUAACGGGUACCUCCCCAACAUUCCCAACCAACGCAGCUCUGAGACCAGUCUGCAGGGGGGAACACACAACCAUAACGGGUACCUCCCCAACAUUCCCAACCAACGCAGCUCUGAGACCAGUCUGCAGGGGGAACACACAGCCAUAACGGGUACCUCCCCAACAUUCCCAACCAACGCAGCUCUGAGACCAGUCUGCAGGGGGGAACACACAGCCAUAACGGGUACCUGCCCAACAUUCCCAAACAACGCAGCUCUGAGACCAGUCUGCAGGGGGGAACACACAGCCGUAACGGGUACCUCCCCAACAUUCCCAACCAACGCAGCUCUGAGACCAGUCUGCAGGGGGGAACACACAGCCGUAACGGGUACCUCCCCAACAUUCCCAACCAACGCGGCUACACAUACGCGUCCCUCUAUUGAUUUGAAUGUGUUGACAGUUGGAGAAAUAGCUUGAGCCGCAUUGAGAAUUAGAAAAGUAUGAAAGCCAAUGGUCCAAUAUUCUAGAAUACUGCUGUGCGGGGACAUUUUGGACUCUGAUAGACGUAUGUGUAUGUGUGUGUGUGUGUGUGUAAGAGGUUGAGUAACCUGCGGUAACAGACAUGCCCAAACCUGAUCUACUGUGUUUGGUUCAACUACUGGACAACACUAUCCAGACCUUUACAGUCAACAAGCAGGAUGCAGGUGAGGUUUUACUGGAGCAGGUGUGUAACCAGCUGGGUCUGCUGGAGAGACACUUCUUCAGUCUGCAGCUACGAGACUCCAACACCACCAUCGUCACUCAAACACACUCUCCUAGGUGGCUGGAGGCCAACAAACCACUGAAGAAGCAGCUGAAAGGAGUUGUCUCUCCAUUCUACCUGACCCUCCGAGUCCGAUUCUUCAUCUCAGAUCCCAACUCUCUACAGCAUGACCAGACCAGACAUAUGUACUUCCUCCAGAUCAGGAGUGACAUCAGAGAGGGCAGGUUGAAGUGUCCUCUGAGUGCAGCUGUAGUACUGGCCUCCUAUGCUGUGCAGUCUGAGCUAGGUGACUACUCCCCAGACCUUCUCCCUGGUUACCUGUCCAAAAGCCACUUCCUCCCGGAGCAGGAUGAUGACUUCCUGUCUAGAGUGGAGGCUCUGUACCCAGGGCACAGGGGGCUGAAGCAGAGUGAGGCAGAGCUGUGUUUUCUCAACACAGCAAGAACUCUGGAGAUGUAUGGAGUGGAGCUCCACACUGCCAUGGACUCUGACAGUUCCCCUCUAUUGGUGGGAUUGGCCUCAGGGGGCGUGGCUAUCUUCUGUAACAUGAUUUGCUCCAGUUUCUUCCCCUGGGUGAACAUCAUCAAGAUAUCCUUCAAGAGGAAACGCUUCCUUAUGCAGCUCAGACGCAAACAUGGGGAGACGCAGGACUGUGUGGUGAGCCUGGUCCUGCCAUGCCCCAGGGCCUGUAAGAACCUGUGGAGGUCAUGUGUGGACCAUCACUGCUUCUUCUACACCAACCUGGCAACCUGUAGCCCACACCACACCAACCUGGCAACCCAGAUACACAACAAGCUGCUCCCACAACACUGGGCCUUGGGCAGCACCAAAACAGACAGUGGUCCAGUGUGUAAGAAAGUGAUGGGUGGGAUGGAGUGGAACCCAGCUCUGAGGGGAUCCACCUCAUCAGAACACAUGGAGACCAAGAGCCUACCGUCCCGAUCCCCCCCGCUCACACCCAACUGGCGGAGUCCUCGUGUGCGUCAUGGCGCCCGUAAACCCCGCCCCUCCUCAGUGGAGCUGAACAAUGACCUGCGAGAUAUGUCGGAGGGGGAGGAUGUCUUUUACACCUACAGGGUCUCCCUCAGCAGCAGCAGGGGCAGCCAGGAGGGCACGCCUACACACAGUGUUUCUGGCACUCACAGCCAAGGAGGUGGAUGGUCGCAGGUUGAUGACAUCAGCACAGGAGACGAAGACAUUAAGGCCACCUCUCACUACCGGGACAAGCGUGCUCUUGGUGAUGGCGACCUGCUAUUGGUGCGUCUCGCUCCUGAUCACGAUGGAAAGUUUGGUUUCAAUGUCAAAGGUGGUGUGGACCAGAAGAUGUCCCUGGCCAUAUCCCAGGUCAACCCUGACUCCCCUGCGGGGCGGGUUGUGCCAAGGUUGUUGGAAGGUGACCAGGUCGUGCUGAUCAACGGUCGCGACAUCUCUGAACACACGCAUGACCAGGUGGUCAUGUUUAUAAGAGCCAGCAGAGAGUCCCACUCCAGAGAACUGGCUCUGCUUAUACGACGCAAAGGUCCAGGGCGUGUGGCCCCCCUGCUGCAGUUUCCCUCUGCCCUGUCUCUGACUGGCCAAUCACACAGUGAUCCACUGCUUCUGCCUGGCCAAUCAGAACAAGGCCAGACACUUGAAGAGUCCAUGAAACAACUGGAGAGGGGAAUCCAGACAGGCACUCUCACCUUCCACUUCGAGAACCUGUACAUGAGGAAGCCUGGCCUGUCAGUAGCCUGCGCUCGUCUCCCCGAGAACACAGACAAGAACAGAUACAAGGACGUGCUGCCCUAUGACGUCUCCAGAGUGGUACUUCAGGACCAAGAGGACUACAUCAAUGCAAGCCACAUCACGGUGAUGCCCCCAGGGUCUGGUGUGUGUCUGCGCUACAUUGCAGCUCAAGGGCCGCUGCCUCAGACCUGCACUCACUUCUGGCAGAGUGUGUGGGAGCAACACACACACACCAUCAUCAUGCUCACCACACUCACCGAGAGAGGACGGACAAAGUGCCACCAGUACUGGCCACACCCUCCUGAAGUGAGGGAUUAUGGGUACCUGAGGGUCAGCUGCCACUCUGAGGAAUGCAACCUGGCCUACGUCACACGCCAAUUUACCCUCACACACACACAGCUGGGAGAGGAGCGUUCUGUGACCCACCUGCAGUAUGUAGCAUGGCCAGACCAUGGUGUACCUGAUGACCCCUCAGACUUCCUGCUGUUCAUCACCUCUGUUAGAGAGAGGAGGACAGGAGACACACCACUUAUGGUGCACUGCAGCGCAGGGAUUGGGCGUACAGGUGUUCUCAUUACCAUGGAGACGGCAUUGUCGCUGUUGGAGAAUGGUCAACCUGUGUUCCCUCUGGACAUCAUCAGGACGCUCCGAGACCAGAGGGCCAUGAUGAUCCAGACCACGUGUCAGUUCCGGUUUAUGUGUGAGGCCAUCCUGCGUGUCUACAGAGAGAGAAGAGAGUAUUCUGCAGCACCACCCUCAGCACUGCUAAUGGACCAUUAACAGGAGGAUGGGGGGGCAGCUAGCCACAGCACUAGGCUAACAGGAGGA